AUGGUAAAGUUUCUCCUGAAAGAUUCGGCGCCAAUCUUUUUUGAUAAGCGCCUGCUGACGGCGCGCUGCGAGUACUUUCAGGAGAUGUUCGCUCAGACAACAUGGAGAGAGGCCUUGACAAGUGAAAUCGACAUGCGGUCGGACUCGGAUGCUGACAGUCGCUCCAUGAGUGCCCUUUGCAUCUUCCUCAUGUCGGACGUGUUUGAUGCCCAGGGAGACGAGCAACUUGCGAUGUCUGUGCGGCGCCUAGCUGAUCGUUACCGCCUACCAUCGCUGGUUGAUAAGGCUGAGGGCGAGCUUGGGAAUCUGCUUUGUGCAGACAAUGCCUUGUCAAUGCUGGGACAAGUGACAGGCUCGGGGGGCCGAUUGGAGCGAGCUUGCUUGGAGCUCAUAACUGAGAACAACUGUGAUCUGCUGGAACAGCAGCAGGAGAAAUUGGAUACCAUAGCGGAUGCCAACCCGGAGCUCGUAAAGCAGCUCUUUCGGAUCUUGCUGGAUGCCAGGGGCAAGAAGCGACGAACGACGGAGUAA